CUACAGUUUGUACUCACAGCGAGCCAUUCGAAAACGUCUGGGGGCUCUACUCCACGUGGUUCUCUCCAAGGAAACAACAGACAUUGCGACUGUGCUUGCCAGGAUGAGCGACCUCGCGGACAGCAAGGCGGAAGGCAUGCGACCGGACGACACCGCGACGCCAUCGUAACGUCACCAUCAAUCUACACUACAACACAUGGAAGACCGAUACAAUGCAUCACGGCAACCUCAAUCCUCCUUCCCAUCACAAACAUGGCUUUCAAGACUGUCGCACUCUUCGGCGCUAAUGGCCAGAUCGGCGACUCGAUCCUACGCGCGCUGCUACACUGCAAGAAGCAAGACUUCGACAUCGUCGCCUUCAUCCCUCCCGAUACCUCGCUGGAGAGCGGCCAAGAAGACCGCAAGGUCACGGUCAAGAGCUUCGAUCUCAACAAGCUGUCGAGGGAGGGGCUGACGCGGGACCUGAAAGGCGUUGAUGCCUUGGUCAGCGCGCUGAACGGGAAAGCUCUUGAGGCACAGCCUACAAUCCAAGAUGCGGCAGCCGGCGCUGGCGUGAAGCGUUAUUACCCUAGCGAGUAUGGCAUGCAUAACAUCUAUCGUAAGCCCGGUGAUCCGCAGGGAUACGUUCAUCCGAUGUGGGACUUGAAAGCUCGGUUGAACGAGCAUGUGGUUCUCCAUCCCGCAAUCCUUGAGGGCAAAAUGACAUACACCGUCAUUGGUUGCGGCGACUUCUACAACCAAGAUCGCGAAACCGUCUGGUGUCCCUGGACGCAGAAAGACGUGAAGGAGUACACGCUCCAUAUCAUCGGCGACCCUGACGCCAAAGCGCAAUACACGCACCUGGACGACUUCGCAAGUUACCUCGUCGCGACGCUCUGUGAGCCCGACAAGUCCGAGAACGCGUACCUCAACUUCCCCAGCGAUACGAUCUCACAUAACGAGAUCGCCGCACUGCUCGAGAAGUACACGGGCAAGCCGGUCAAGAGGGAUAUUUACCCUGAGGAGGAGAUGCACAAGAUCAUUGCGGACCCGUCUAAAGCGCCGAAAGAGCUGACAAAAAGCGCAUUCCCUGUCGACUUCUGGUUUUUGGUUAAGGGUGCGCAGGGGCAGGGCAGGUUUCUUCGGCCUCCGGGGCAGAUCCACAAUCAUCUUUUCCCCGAGGUGCAGACAACUACAUUCGAGAAGUACUUUCAGCAGCGUUACGGAAAGGUAUGAACAACCCAUGUUGGACUCUUCGCGUAGCAACAUGCGUUGACGCGAAGUACAUCAAGCUUCACGCAAAGCUAUGAACGCGAUUGCUUCUCUUGUCCAGCGGAAUGAAGACGGAAAAUGAUGCAGAACGAGUACACUGCUUUCCUGCUUCACGAAUUUUUACAUUGGAUAUUUGUUUCCCUCUCGCAAGGAAGUCUCGACAUCUCCGGCGACAGAGUUUUCUGCAGUCGAACCAUGCUUUGUUUCUUUUCGACACUUAAACACCAUGUUCGAUUUACCAACGAAGACCUGCCCGGUAUCGCUGGAAUCAAGAUUCUCAAAGCCAUGCGAUAGAAAAGUGAUGGCAAACACACCACUUCCACAGUCUUUCCGGGAUAUACGAUACUGCAAUGACCAUUUUCUUCAGCCAA